UCUCUCCCCCUCUCUCGCCCUCACUCUAUAAGAGUGUUGUGUGACUCAUUGGGAAAUGAUAGCAAUAAAGGAACCAUAAAAACUAAACCUUCUUAGCAAUCUUCGCAAGUUUGUAUCGUCCUCCUUGGCUCCUUCUCUUUCUUCUCCUAAAACCAGUAGCAACUACUUCUACUACUAUAACUACUACUCAAUUUCCUUCCCUAUAGCCCACUAUUCACUUUCCUUAACUUCAAAGAUACACACAAAUAUAUCGGAACAAUGAGUAGUACUACUGAAACUCAGUUGGGUUCAGAAACUGAUAGCAGCUCAUCCUCUUCAUCACCACCGUCUUCGCCUGCAAGUUCCCGACCCCUAAACCCCAACAAGCCUAGUUCACCGGAAUCGGAGACUAAAAACAACAAGAAGAUCAAACGGGACAGAGACUCCAGCAAGCACCCGGUUUACCGCGGCGUCCGGAUGCGCAACUGGGGCAAAUGGGUCUCUGAAAUCCGCGAGCCCCGCAAGAAGUCGCGCAUUUGGCUCGGGACCUUCCCCACCCCCGAAAUGGCCGCCAGAGCACAUGACGUGGCCGCGUUGAGCAUCAAAGGCAACUCAGCGAUACUCAACUUCCCCGAACUCAGCAACUCGCUGCCGCGGCCGGCCUCGCUCGCUCCCCGAGACGUCCAGGCCGCGGCGUCCAAGGCUGCCCAAAUGCACCAGUUCGACUCCAAGCCUUCAAUGUCCACCACGUCAUCGUCGUCGUCGUUGUGUUCUCUGGUCUCGGCUAUAGACAACCUCUCGACCGAGUCAGAGGAGCUGAGCGAGAUCGUUCAGUUGCCGAGUCUGGGGACGAGUUACGAGUCGUACGAGUUGAGAAAUGAGUUUUUGUUGGUGGACUCGGCCGAGGACGAGUGGGUUUAUCCGCCGCCGUGGCUACAGCAAAUGGGGGACUGCGGCGUGUAUUUGUGCGGUGGGUUAGGAAGUUCUUCUAAUUCAACCGGCUUUGAGGGUUUGUUAUGGGAUUAUUAAUUAGUAAGUGGUCUUGUUCCAAAGUGUUUAAUUGUAAAUUAAUGUAAGUGUGUUUUUUUGGCUUUUUGAAGUUUUUAGCCCUUAUGGUUUUUCAUUUAAGGGCUUAAACUCUGAUCUAUUAAUCUCAUCCCUCCUCUGCUUUGUGUGUAAGUACUGUUAGGAUGAGGUUGGUUGGUAACUUUGUGCAAAUACAAUAAACCCUUUGUUUUUCC